AUGGAGUUGUACCUCAGCGCCUGCUCCAAGGCUGCCAACGUCGCCGCUACCAAGACAGCCACCAGCGGCCUGGCCGUGGACAGCCAGCAGUGCAGAGACGGCGCGCACAAAACCCACUUUCCGGGAGUUGGAGCGGCUCAACUACUGGAUCUGCCUCUUGGGGUGAAGCUGCCUGUGAUCCCAGGAAGCAACCCUUUAUACUAUACCACGAAAUUAAGUGAAAAGCUUUUCCGACCUUCUUAUGGUUUUAAUCUGACUGAUCCUUAUUGUCGACUUUUGGAAAACCAAUAUAAAAGUCUCCAUGAUCCACAUUUAAGAGCCUACCAUAAGCGUAAAGACAUCUUGAGGAGAUUAAAGAAAGGUGGCUACAUCACCAGUAAUAAUAAAAUUGUAUGUACCUUGAGGGAAUUGAAUAAGUACAGGCAAUAUCUUACCAGUUUAAAAUUAGACUUUGAAAGAAACUAUAUAAGAGAACAAAAAAUGCUUGCAAAACAAGUAAAUAAACUACAGGAAGACAAUCAAAUACCUGGACGUUCUGAUGUUACACAGUUCCAAAACUGGUUGUUACAGGAGGGCACCCCAUCUAUUAAGGACCAGGAACGAUUAAUAAGGCACAGAUAUUUGGAUAUGAUAAGUAGGGAAUUAGAACAUCUUGAGAGCACAGCAGAAGAGCAACGCCUAAUCCGGAUGGAUAGGGAAGAAAGACGACAGCGGGAACACACAAGAAGAAAACUUGGUCUUCGUAGAAAAAUGGAAGAGGAAUGGAAGACAAAAGAGAUGUUACUUCUAACAAGGAUCGGAGAAGAUGUUAAAAGAGAAGCUAGGAUAGAGGAACAACGGCGUAAAAGCAGAGAAGAGAGUGACAAGAAGAAACAAGCCCUUCUAGAGAAAAAAAUGGCUUAUCAUUUACAAAAAAUGCAAGAAAAUGGCAUUAAAAGAGAAGAUAUGAGGAAAAAUACAAUUGAUUACAGAGAACAAGAUGGACCACAUUAUGAAUCUUAUUCUCCAAAGAAGAAAAAGAAGAGUAAUGAUGACAUAAAGAUAGUUUAUCCUGUUGGUGACCAGAAAGCAAAUAAAGGAGCAAAUGGACCCUUUGUAAACACCAUUCAUCGGUCUCUAAGUAGUUCAAAGAAUGUUGCAAAAAAAUCAGUACCUUCUGUUGUUUGUCAACCAGAUGUACAAGAUAAUGAUAUUGAACAAAAGAAAGAUGGAGAGACAAAUAAAAAAUCAAGUAUUUUUGAUAAUAGAGGAGAGAUACAUGUCUCAGCUCAAGAUUCAAUGAUUUCAGCUCAGAAUUCAGCUACAAGAAAUUUUCCCAGAUCUUCACAGUCUUAUGUGGGUCCUUCAAAGGAUGAGGAGGAGAUAAAUGCUGAUUGGAAUGAAAGAUCAAAGAGACCAAGUUACUUCUGUGAAUCAGGACCUCGGGCUCCUGCCACAGUCCAGGGUGUUUUCCCUUCUUGUGUUUUCUCAAAUACACAACAGAAUCCCCUACAAAACAGCUUGCAAGAAAAAGUAACUUCUGGGGAACUGAAGAGCAUAAUUCAGAAUAUAAUGACCUGGGUUGUGGCUACAGUGACCAGUAUAUUAUACCCAGCCAUCACAAAGUAUGAAGAAAGAUUGAAAAAUAAUGCAUACCCAGUGUCUGAUGACUCCAUCCUCUCUUCAGAUAGUUCGAGUUUUUGUAGCACAUGCAGUGAAGAGUUUACAUGUGGAAGCUACACAUCUGCAACAACUAAAACAUUUCAGGGAGAGCCCUGUGCAUUUGCAGUUGACAUAUCAGUAAGGCGACCAACCACACCUUUAAAACCACCAUCUGCCCAUGUGGAAAGAACAGUUGUGGGAAAAACAUAUCCCAUUAAAGGACAGUCUAUAACAUCUGAACUCAAAUAUAAUAAAACAAGCAUGAUAUAUACAUACCCUAAGCUCAGAAGUUGUAAAUCUGAUAGUCACCUUCUAGCAUCAUUUGAAACGGGCACAAAAAAAUCAAAGGAUGCCUCCACUGAAACAGAUGGCUUAGAGAGUCCAUUGUUUUCUGAUCAAAAAACAAAAGCCAUGAAUGAAAUGAAGAGUUUAAAGAAUGUUUUUCUUAACUUUAAGUGUCACUUAAAAGGGGAAACUGAAUUGAUUUUGGAAAGCAUUUUUCAAGAAAUAAUGUCUGAUUUAACACAGGCCAUUCCUUGUAUUUCUUCUGUUACUGCUGAAGUUUUUGUUGACCAAAGUGAGCCUGAGAAAGGAGACUUGGUUUCUAAUGCUAAUAUCUGCUCAGUAGCUUCAGGGAUUGUGGAAAAUAUGCUUGAGAAGCUACAGUCUGCAGUUGAGAAAAAAUGUAUCCAGAUAUUUUCACAAGAAGAUUUGUCAGUCAACAUUAAACCAAGCUUAACACCCAGUGGAGAAUCUCUCACUCCAUCAUAUGGAAAACCUUUAAUAGAUUCACUGCCUCAUACUGUGGAACCCAUGUGUGAUAUUGCAGAGGAUAUGGUGCAUGCCAUUUUAGAAAAGCUGAUGACUCUUGCAUCUUGCAAGCAACAUGAACUUCCUCAUCUUGAAGAUGCAGCUAAACUUUCCUAUCAGCAACAUAUGGCAGACCCAACAUAUAUGCGCCUUAUAAAAGCCAACAAAAAGAAAUGUAGUCCUGAACUUGAUGCAGCUAAUUUAAUUUUUAAAGAAGAAAUACAAAAUUUAAUGUCAAAUAUUUUUUCCCAGUCCUCUUUGGUUGGCUAUAUAGAGGAAGCAAUCAGCAGUAUACUAGGACAUGUACAAACCGAACUUAAUAAUGAGAGACUUAUUGCAUCUGAUGAAACAGUAGUACUCCUUAAGCUGCUCGAUGAUAUCUUUACUCAGUUACAUCAGGAACCAGUAAAAGCAGAUAAUCAAAAAUGUAGACACUCUAGACUGAGAAGUCCUUCUGACACUGAAGUAAAGUACAGACUCACUGGCACUAGGUUAUCUAAUCGUCCUGGGUCUGGAAGACCAUUUCCACCUAUUAAUGUUCCUGGCAUGGUCCUUUAUUCUGAAGAUGAUAAUGAAGAAAUAGACAAAAUUGUGGAAAAUGUGCUUGAUUCAUCUUUUAAAGAUGAAAAAGCAAAAUCACAAGAACAGAUUCCUGAGCAUUGGUUUACAAAAGGAAACACUUGUCUUGAAUACAAAAGAAAUAGCAAACAACCUACAAAGCCUGACUCUCCAAGGAGCAAAAUUGCAUUUCAUGAUCCGAGGUUAAAGACUGAGCUACCAGUUUUUAAGAAUAAAAUUUUAAAGGAAAAUCCCUGUUUAAAUAAAGAUACUCUGUGUUUCAGCCAAGAUCAAAAGCAUCAAAUACAAAAGUCUUCAGAAAACAUAGUUAAAAGUAUUUUAACGGAAAUUCUCAAGGACAUAUCUUCUAUUCCUCCUGGUCACUUAGACAGUAAAACUGGCAAAGAAGCUUCAGUUCUUGUUUCAGAAAAACCUCAAGGACUGUCACAUCAAGAAUGGAUGGAGCAGAUGUUUUCUGUGUCAGAAAUUAGUGCAGUGGCUCAAGAAAUAACAGAUUCUGUAUUAAAUACACUUCAUAAGGCAAGCUGCAUUCCCAAUACCACCAAAAGUUCCAUUUCAUCAUCAGUUCAUCAAACUUCUCUAGAGAGUCCUGACACUCUCCACAUGGUCAAAGAAGCACCAAAUCAAAAGCCAUUAAAAAUACAGUUCGAGAGUGAAAAGAAAAUGAAAUAUUUAUCUUCACUCGAUGUAGAUCCUGCAAAGUCUUCCCUGUUAAAAUAUGAAGAAAGUGAACCUAAGCCUAUAGAUGACAUUACUGAUAGGAUCAUUAAUGCAGUUUUUAAAAGGCUGAAGUUAUUUGUUUGUCCAAAAUUGCAAAUGGGCUUCAAACCUUCACUUACAGAGCAAUCUUCAUUACAAUCUCAACUUAGUACUUAUACAACUAAAGUGGUAAACAUUGUUUUGCAUGCUAUCCAGAAUGAACUGGAACUCAGUAAGAAAAACAUAAAUCUUAGGGAAACAGACCAUACCAAAUCCCUUACAGGUAAAGGAUAUUUUACUGACACUGAUAAAUUAGAAUCUCUUGUCUCAAAUCUCAGUGAUGACAUUAUGGCAUCUCCAUUAUUAACUUGCAUUUGUGAAAUAUUAUCAAGUGGACAUUCAGAUCAAAGCAAUAUUUCACUCCCUUCAGAUAAUCCAAAGCCUAUGACAUCAUACAGAUCUGAUAAUGUUGAUAAAGGGAACAUUUUGCCAAGUGGACAGGAUAAAAAAACUUUUUACAAAUUUUUAGCUACUCCAUGUGCUCUCCAUAGUGUCAUUAGUGAAAAAGAUCUCAAAGAGAAUUCCAGAUUGCAAGUGUUAGAUAAUAUUGGGGAAACACUCUGUGAAAUGUUAUGCAAGCUCAUAGGAGCCCACCCUCACUGUCAGCCAUCUUGUAGUAAGCUAAGCAGAGAGAAGACAAAUGAGAAUCAGCAAACAACCACUGAAAUGCAGUCUAAUAUUCACCUCUUUUCCACAACAAUUUUGGAAUAUAUCCUUGCAAAAUUAUGUAGUGUUGACAUGGAUAGUAGUUCUGUAAGUUCAGGAUUUAAACCUGUCUCAGAGUCUCUUGAUAUUGACAGCCUAUCAUUUACUUCAAUUAUUGAGGAAAUGGCCAAGUGCACUGACAUAAUCUCCAGCAUAGUUUCCAGGAUGGUUCAGAAGGGUAAUAAAGAGAUGACUAAAAGCAAAGAAAAAUCUAUUGUUCCUAAGUCUUCCAAAACAGGGAGCACAAAAGAAAUUCAUUCUCAUAAACUGAAAGCUGUGGCUUCAGAUAUUCUUAAUAUGGUUUUUGCUAAACUAGAAGGGUUUGCCAAUGGAAAUUUAGAAACUCUGGAGGCAUCUAUCAAUGAUGGAAAUAAAAAAAGUAAGAUGGACUUAGAAUGUGAAAGUCCCAGUGUUUUCACGGACACACAUGAAGAACUAUUGCAGUCUGCUUUAUACACGCAUGCAAAGAAGGUAUCAAGUGCUAUUUUGAAAGCUAUUCAAACAGAAUUAAAUGUGAACUCAUUAGAUUUGAGAGCAAGUAUGGAAACACCACCACCUGACAAACAAAUGCUUGAGAAUAUAGUCAGUUUAAUUUUAGAGGCAGUAUCCUCAAAUAUGCUUAAUGAAACUGAAUCUGAAGAGAGAGGCAUUCAAACUUACAGAUACAGGCCAACCUAUGGAAAUUUUCUUCCUGGAGGAGCUGAAUCAGAUUCAUUUCUAGAAGAUGCUGCAAACACAGAGAAGGAAUUCACUGGAGAGAGAAGAUCACUUACAGAAGAAACUAAAUCAGAUUCUCUUCAACAAUGUGUUCUAGAAAAAACCUUAAACAAAAUUGAAGUGAAACUCAAAGAACCACAGAAAUCUCCAAUUGUUCCCAUUAUAAGAAAUAUUUUGAAUGAAAUUUUUCAAAGUGCUUUAGUCAGUCAAUUAAAUGUGCUUUCUCUCUCCCCCUCCUAUUUAAGUGGCAUCCCUCACAAUGUUGAAGAGACAAUUGCUCAAACAUCUGUUCAAUUUAUAGAUAAAAUGAUGGUGUCUGAAGCAGAUGUAACCAUAGUGGCAGAUGAUGUUGUUAGAACUGUGUUUGAUAAACUUUAUUCAGCUGCUAUAAUGGGGAGAAAUGCAAGUGAAAACGGGUAUAAAACCAUCACCUUUUCAACAAAUGUUUCUUUUCAUGAACACACCAGUGGAGGAGGAACGCCCUCCAUCACUGUGCCGAACAAGAAUCCAUAUACUCUUCAGUCCAGAUUCAAUGUUGACAAACAGGCUAAAGUAAACAUAGUUGAAGAUAUUGUACAGGCAAUAUUAACAAGUUUAGAAACUUUUGCUACUUCCAAAGUACAAUCUCUCUUUUGUCCUCAGAUCAACUUCACAGUUCCAAUGGCUUUACCUAUUCAGCAGGAUAAGAGUACAUUAAGCAAAGCAUUAUCAGCCAAAGAUUUAUAUUCUGAUGAUCAAUUUUCCUGUUGCUCAAUGGAUCAUAUUAUGUCAGAAAAGACCAACUCAUUAUGUCAAGUCUCUUUGAAUAAAUUAAAUACAUAUGCAACAGAAGUGGCCAGAAAAAUUUUACAAGGAAUCAAACAUGAAUUAGAUAAAGAAAGGGAAAAUUCUUUUUUAACUCAUAACAUUAUGGUUUCUGAAAGUAUUACAAGUCAAAUUGUUAACACAGUGUUAGAUAUUGUAUCAUCUAAAGGAAAAUGUGACAAAAAUAAUUCUGACAAAGAGAUUAAUUCAGAUCAGCAAGAAGGUAUUAUUGAAAAGCUGUUUAUUAAGACUGAGUAUCAAAAAGUACUUCAGUUUCAAAUACAACAUACCAUUGAAAGUAUCUUAUGUGAUAUUUAUGAAAAAAUACUGUAUCAGAAUAAUCUCUCAUUUGCCACACCCACUUUGGAAUGUAACAUAGCUGGCAAACAUUCCAAAGCAAAUUCUGAAAUGUUCAUUGAGGGUGCUAAUAAGAUUCUUCCAAAUUUUUCAGUUCCUAACUCAGAUGUCAUUUUGAUAUCCAAUGAUAUGGUAGAUAUUGUUCUUCAUAAUCUCAGUUCUGCUGUCAUACUUAGCAUAAAUUCAAAGGAUCCUACUUCUACAAGAUUGCCCCUGACCUUUUGUGAUAUGUUUCCAAAAGCAGAGUGUCACCAGCCUCUUCCUACGGAGUCAAAAAGUGAAAGAAAAACACAGCAUUUUCUAUCUUCAAAAAAUCUGAAAUCAGCUUAUGCUAAUGAUACUCAUAUAACUAUAGUAGAGAAAGAAGACCCCAAGAAAUCUGUUCCUGACCCAUGUGAGGAAAGUGCUGACUUCAUUACUAAAACUAUUUUCAAUCGGUUAGAAUCGUUUGCCACAGAAAAAAUGGAUUGGUUAAUUACUCUUGCUUUCCAGCCUAAAGAAAAGUCAUUUCUGAGCCCAGAACUGGAAAACUGUAGACGAGAUGACAGCAUCUUUCGUGAAUCAAGCCAGGUGGAAUCAAAUGUGAAUAUUCUGAAAAUAUCAAAUGAAACUGUUCUCAGUGAAGAGCUCACAGAUUUCACUUUUGCCAGUUACAGAGAAAAACUUGGAUCUAUAAUUCAUCUGUCACAAGCUAGUCUUAAGGAAUAUGCUGACAUCAUUGCCAGUGCCAUUUUGAAGCUGAUUAAAAAUGACUUAGACCUCAAAAUCCAAAAGAUGCAUCCAUACCCAAACAACAUUUCAUUCCAGGAAAUCACCACUGUGAGUGAAACUGUCAAUAGUAUCUUAAAGAUUUUAUAUAAUAAAAGAUCUGUAAAGGAAAUCAGUUUUUACUCAAAGGACAAUCCUAACUUAUUUUCACAACUAACUGCAUCAAAUGAAAUAUCACUGGGACAAAGAGCUCAGGAAACACACACCAAACUGUCUCUGUUUUCAAAGUAUCCAUCAGAACAAAACCAAAUGGCAUUGGAAAGGGAAAGCCAGAAAAUUGUUCUAGAAGAAAUAUUUACAAAAAAUGCAGAAUCAAAACAAAAAGAAAGAACUGCAUUAUUCAGUGCAGUGGAAGAAGUUUUAAGUAAAGUGUAUCAAAGAAUAAUGGAAAUCAUAGGCCACUUGCCUUCAUUUAAUGAAAUCCCCCACUUUAUGUCUAGCUCUAAAAGUAAAACAUUAGACGUAAUACAAAAAAACUUCUUUCAAUCCCAUAUUGACAGUGUAACAAGUGACAUAAUUGAAAGCGUUUUGCAGAAAAUGUACUCUGUAGUUGUGACAUCGUUAUAUGAAAGUAAUAAAGUACAAGCAACUGACAAAAAUAUUUUACCAAAGAAAUCAUCAUGCAUCAGAGAAACUACACAAGAAGGAAUAGGAAGUAAUCUCACUAGCUAUAUGCUACCACAGGUUUAUCCUUAUGUAGGCAGUCAAAAUGUCUCUCUAUUGGAAAAAGAUUUUUUACAAUAUUCACCAUUAAAAGUGGGGAAGGAUUUAGUCCAAAUGGUUCUCAAUAAGAUCACAAAUUUUGCCUCACUUUAUCUAGAAGAGGCCCUUUCUAAACUGAGCCCUAAGGGAAACCCUAAGCCAAGUUUUAAAACAAGUUUAAAAGCAAGAUCAAAAGUUACUCCUUUGCCUAAAUUUAGAGCAAAACCACACCUAGGACCUAGUCAUACUAAGGCCAAAAGCAAGACUAAAUUAGGUCCUGGAGAGAAGACUCCAAAAGACAUCUGGUCCAAGACUGCCAUUGGGCUGCCACACAUCCUACCAACGGGAGAUGCCAGAAAUGUACUGGAAGUGAAGUUGCCUACUUCAGAACUAAAAAUGUAUGCCAAGGAUAUAAUAAGUAAUAUCCUGAAAACAACUGUGAAAGAAUUUGAAAAGGUGACGCAAAUUAGAGCAAUGGUAAGUGAUAAAGCUUUACCAUCCGAUCAAAUCAUGGCAGCAAAUAAAAUAGUUAGUAUGGUUUUGCAAGGAUUAUAUGCUACAAAUAACCAAAAUUUGGCUAAUCCUAUCAUAUUGUGUCAUCUGGAUGAUCCCAAACUUUCACAAGGGAAUACAGGUGCAGAGUCUCUUGUCAAACCACAAGCAUGUUUUUACUUGGAAAAUGUUUCUUCACAGUUAGAACAGAUUUUUCCUAAAGAAGGUAUAUUUAAAAAAAUGUUUGACAAAUGCCAAGCAGAAUCAAAUGACAUGGAAAAUGAAAAAUGUAAGCUCUUGAAGAUAGCUGAAAAUGGUUUGGCUGAAAUUUCAAUAAAAGCAAAAGAAUUAGAAUAUUCUCUUUCACUUUUAAAUUUGCCACAUCUUGAGGAUUGGGAAAACAGGUUUCAUAGUUGUUUUAAGGGAGCUUCUACGAGAGCUGAAGACACCAAAGCACAGAUUAAUAUGUUUGGAAGGGAAAUUGUUGAAAUGCUAUUUGAAAAAUUACAGCUGUGCUUUUUAUCCCAAAUGCCCACGCCACGUGGUAAAGAAACUCCAGCAAGUAGGAAAGAACACAUUACUACUAAAAGUAAAUAUGGUUUUCCAACCAAGGACAUCCUCAGCAAUGAACCAAUAUAUAACACUAAAACCGAAGACCAAAGUCCUUUGGGCUCUAGCAACCAAAUUGUUCGAGAAAUUGUAGAAAGGGUUUUAAACCUGUUAGAGUCAUUUGUAGACUUACAGUUUAAACAUAUCUCUAAAUAUGAGUCUUCUGAAGUAGCAAAAAUGCCUGUAGAAAACCUUUUUCCUGUCCAACAGAGACUAUUAAGCAAAAAGAUGUUGCCAAAAUUACAACCACUAAAAAAGUUUUCUGAUGAAUCCAAGUCAAGUACUGUUAUUUCCAAGGAAAAUGUACAGAAUGCCCUUCUACAGGUUCAUUCGUUCCAUUCAGAGUUACUUACAUAUGCCAUUAAUAUUGUCAGUGACAUGCUUGGUGUAAUUAAGAGCAAGCUGGACAAAGAAAUAAGCCAAGCAGAACCAUCUUCAAUUAGCAUAUUGAAAGAAAAUAUUGCAGCAAGUGAGAUCAUUGGUACACUGACGGACCAGUGUACUCAUUUCAAUGAGUCUCUGAUCAAAAACCUUCCAAAGGAAAGUUUGUUCCAAGGAGUAGAAAAUACCUAUAUUGUUAAUCAGGUUGAAUUAACAACUAAUACAAAAAUGCCCAUGUCAAAGUUAAAGGAAGUAAGAUUCGGGAAUCAUCCUCCACAAAGCAGUGUACCAGGUUUAGGGUUUUAUUCAGAGGAAGAUAAGAAAAAAAGGUAUAAGUCUUCAUCAAAUUUACCCUUAUAUUCCAGAGCCUCUGUAGAAGACACAAUUAAAAGCUCAGAGCCAAUGGAAAGGCCUAAUUCAGAAAACAUACCAUCAUGCUCUAGAAACAAAGUACAAGACUUUAACCCAAAGGAAUCUGACUUGGGCUAUUUUGAUCAAGCUAUGAAAGGAAAUAGCUCCCUCCCUGAAGGGAGUGUCUUAGAAAAACUGUUAAAGAAAGCAAGUGAAUCCACAGAAACAGCAUUACAGCAAGUCAUGUCAUUCACAGAAAUGAGAAAAGGUGAGAAUCCAAGAGUGUUUCAUUAUGAGAUUUCCAAACCAGUUGUCGAGCCAAACCAAAUUCAGACAACUGUCUCUCCACUCAAAAUUUGUUUAGCUGCAGAAAAUAUUGUCAGUACUGUGCUGUCAAGCUACGGCUUUCCAAGUCAACCGCACAUUAAUGAAAGCACAGAAACGAUGAAACCAUUUUUCAUAUCAAAGCAAAACUCUUUGUCUGUAAUAUGUGGUCAAAAGAAUGAGAAAAGUUUGCUUAGAAUGCGGGAUAAAAGAAUCAGUUGUAUACCUGAAAAAGAAAACAAAAAACCGGAAACCAGCAGGGGAGAUUUUUCUUUAAUGCAAAAAUGGAAAAAUAAGAGUUACCUGAAGAUAAAGACUCUGAAGGAAGUUGAAGUCAUUGCUUUUGCUGAUCAUGAACUGGGUCCAAAUGAAAUCCAUUGGGUAGCAAGACAUGUCACCACAUCUGUGGUCACAUAUUUCAAGAACUUUGAAACUAGAGUUUCCAGUGAGGAGGUGUCUAUUGUUUCCACACUGUCAAGAAAAAAAUAUGAAUCAAAACAGCCUCUAAGAAGCAUAUACAAUGAUUCUUCGCUCUAUCAAUUUUGUGAACAUCUCACUGAGUCUGUCAUUUGCCAUUUAAUUUCAAGCAUUUCUGAUAGCACCACAGAUAGCAGAGAAAAGGAGAAAGCUUCCCAUGCAGCAUUUAACACAAUUAUUUCAAUUGAUUCUCAAUUGUUUGAGAGUAGGUCAAUUUCUGUUGGAGAACUUGCUUUAAGUAUUUCUGAAAUCAUUGCUGAAAUCCUUUUAAAUAGUAACAUCAUAGAGACUGACAUUGCACAGCAAAUGUUUUCGUUAAAAAGAAAGUACAUUUGCUGCCCAGGAGUAACUGCUGCUGACUUUGAUGAUCUCUUUCAGGAUCUCUUAAUAGGUGUGAUUCAUGUACUGUCCAAAGAAAUAGGGUUAAAUCAUCACCUGGAAAACAGUGGAAAAAAUAGACCAUUUUCCAUGCUUAGAAGCAAUAGUGUGCCCAUUUGCAACAAAAAAAAUACCAUGCAAAGACAGAAAGCUUCCAGAGAUUGGGAAUUAUCUACUCACAAAACUAAUCAUAUUCAAAAAAAUAAAUUUAGUUAUCUGGCCCAUAAGUUAGAUAGUCUGGCUGGUAGCCUAAAAACUCAUGAAUCCAAAGAAGUAGUCAACAAAGUUUUCAGUAUUGUUUUGGAUUUAUUUUUACCAGAUGAACAGCCAGAUGAGUCUAUGGAUGCUGAUAAAAAAGCAAGAAUAUUUUUCUCAUCAUCAAAUGAUCGGCAGUAUAAUAACAUACUUGGAAAUAACUUAGGGCUCACCCCCAAAUCAGUUUUCCUUCUCAAUGUUGUGUGUGAGAAACUUAUUAGAACACUUUUAGAAAAAUGCACAAACUCUGUCUUUCUUGAUAAUAGCCCUCUUUCUGAAGAGAGUGCAGCAGAAGAAUGUCAACUUUUAAAAAUACUUGAAAGUGUACAAGAUGAAGAAUUUGAUUAUUGUAAGAGAACGAUGGACUGUGAACAAUUUCAAGGGGAUUAUAUGUCAGACGUUUUGGAAAAUCUGGCAGAAAUGGAUCAAGAUUUACUGUCAUCAGACUCUAUUCUUACUGUUCUUUCCCACAGCUUGGUUAAAUCAUUGAUGGAUAAAUUAUGUCACAAUAUACAACUCCCCCAAAGUCCACCUUUUUCAAACAAGCAUUUGAAAUAUGGAACGAGAGAAAUACAGUCUAGUUUCAUAAAAACAAAAAGGCCAGAGUUAACAGAAUUAGGACAAGGUAAAGGUUCUUUAGGACUCACGAGUUAUGAUGGCAAUGCUUUGACAGGACCGCUGAAUAAUCUCAGUGUAGUUAACUCCAAAAUACAAGCACCAUUUGGCAAGAAGUAUUCAGUAAAUUUUGCUAAUGUGUCACCUCUUAAAAGACAGGGAACAAAGGAUAUGGAUACAAUAGCCAUCCAUAAUAAGCUAUAUCCAAGAGAUAUGAAUACGGGUGUUUAUUCAACCACAUUUUUAGAGGACAUAAUUUCAGAACUGUUUUUUAACCUCUCUAUUUCACUGUGGGGCAAAAAUGAUAACAUCACUGAAGCCCAGCUCAAUGAGAUGAAUGCAUUAUUUGUCAACAAUGUAGUGAAUGAGUAUAAUAAGGCAAGGGUCACUGUUUUACGGAAUUCUGAAGAAAGGCUGUGUUUUCCACCAAUCCAUAAAGAAACUUUUAGUAGGAUUGUUGAUUCAGUUUAUUAUGAUGUUUUACAGAAAUAUAAGUUGAAAAUGACCUGUGGUGGUAAUCUGGCAUGUGACAGUACUUCAAUAGCAGAACAAAUAACGAAUAGCCUAUUGUUAGAGAUUUUGGACUACCAACUCCCAUCUUGCUUCAGGGGAAAGCUCUUACAUAAUUCAUACUACCCUCUCAACGCUGAAAUUAUAUUACAGAAACUUCAAAACAACCUGAGAGAAUUUACUUCCCAAGCUAGGUCUUCAGCAGGCUAUAGCACCAUGUUGUCACACUCAUUUUUAGAAGAUAUCAUCAGAAGACUUUUAUCUCAGCUCAUUCCUCCACCCAGUAAGGUAUCCUCUUUGGGAAAAAAAUAUUUCAUGAGUUCAGAUUUUAAUGAACUAUCUACCUGUAUAAUAAAUAAGGUUAUAUCAGCCAUUUCAAAACAUAAAAUUUGGUUCACUAUAUAUGAUAAUCAAUAUCUAUGUACAGGAGAAAACCUCCAGAAGAUGGUGGAUUCUGUUUAUAGAAAUAUUAUGCAAACAUCUGACUCUCUGCUUUCAAUACAGAAAAGUAUAGUCAGCAGAAACCCAAUUAUGGUUGACCAAAUAGCCAGUUUUAUAAUUCAAGAGAUUAUUGAAAAUCAUCUUCAACCAUUUUUGUGUGGAGAAGGUUUACCUCGUCCAAAGACUCCAUCAGAUACAAUAUCGAAUAUGGUUAAACAGGUUCUCAGUGAAGUCACAGAGUCACACAGACCCCAGACACCAUCACCCUCAGGUAUUUACCCUAAGACAUUUGUAGGGGAAAUUGUUGCCAGACUUUUAUCAAAAAUUUUCAGUCCAAAGCAUAACACUGAAAUUGAGCUGGAAAACAUGACCCAAAAAAUAGUAAACUCAGUAAAUAACCAUUUUGACAAAGCUAAAGUUCACAUUCUAUAUGAUGACAAAGAACAGUCUUACCUCUCUGUAGGUACAGAUAUUGUGGAUGAACUCGUCACCUCAGUUUAUAGAAAUGUUUUAAAACAGCAUGGAUUAGACCCUGAGGUUGAUAAAGAGUCUGAGGACAGCAAUAUUUUUGUGGAAAAAAUUACCAACUUAGUUGUAGCAGCUAUUUCAGAUUACCUUCUUCAUCCACUGUUUUCUGGGGAUUUGUCAUCUUCUUCAUAUUUUAUUUCAACAACUGAGAAUAUCAUUCAAGAUGUUCUUAGUGACAUCAGUAGGUCUACCAAGCCAAGUCAGAGUUUAUCUCCAUAUAACACCUUGCUGCCAUACACAUUUUUAGAAGACAUGAUCAGAAUACUAUUAUCUAGAAUUUUCCCUUCUGCAUCUAGCAUUGUUGCAAAUAGAGAAACUCCAAAAGAUAGAUCAAAAGUUAAUUUCAAUGAAAUUGCUUCAAAUAUAAUCAGUGAUAUUAGGAUGAAAAUUUCCCAACAUGAAAUUCGAUUUUCAAAAGAUGAAGAAACCAAGUUUGUUUAUUCAGAAGACAAUAUUCAGCAUCUUGUGGACUCAGUUUUCAAAAAUAUUUCAAACUCUGAGUCUCAAGAAUCAGUUGAGCAAAAUAUCACAAGCAGUAAUGAUGUUUUUAUUGACAGAAUAGCAGGUUUUAUCAUUAAACAUAUCUGUCAACAACAUCUUCAGCCAUUUGUGGACAGAAAGUCAUUACCUUCUUCAUCAUAUACAUAUUUCGGUGAUGAGAAAAGACAGUGGUUUUAUGCCAGUGUUUAUUCCUCAACUUUUUUGGAAGAUGUGAUUUCUGGGGUUUUAAGCAAGAUAUUCCACAGGGUAUUAGGCAUUGUACAAACAAAAUCAGUAACAGAUUCAGAAGAUGAACUGUUUGAUAAAGCUGAAAAACUCAUACAGUUCAUAACAGAGGGAUUCUCAAAAGCCCAAGUUAGCAUUUUAGAGAAUGCUGAGGAACAUUUAUGUUUGCCUCCAGUGGAGAGAGACGUAGUCAAAAACAUUAUUGACAUGGUGUACAGCAAAGUUGUGCAAGAAUAUGAAAUGGAUAUGAUGCCUGAUAAAGAUUUUCUAAAUGACACAAAGACACUGGCUGCAAGGAUAACUAAAACCAUCCUAGCCGAAACCUUUGAUUUCCAAAUUCAUCCAAAUCUUAUAGAAAAGUUGCCAUUUGGAUCACAAUCCAAACUUAGUACUGAUACUUUGAUAAAGAAAGUUCAAUGUGACAUUACUAAAUCAAGAUUCCAAAGACAGGCUUCAACAAUAUAUACUACUAUGUUAUCACAUACUCAUUUGGAAAAAAUUGUGUCUCAGCUUAUAUCUCAGAUGAGUCCAUUUGCCUCCAGUACAGAACACCCAAAUACUUCUCAAUCAGACUUAAGUAAUACAGUAAUAAAACUGAUAAGUGAAAUCAUAUCAAUAAUUUCAAAACAUUCAAUAUGUAUUAUUAAACAUGGGAAUGAAAAACAUAGUAUGAUUUCAGAAAAAGAUAUCCAAUCCAUGGUUGAUUCCAUUUAUGCUGAUCUUUCCUAUUCAAAUAUAUACCAGUCUCUUACAAAAGAUAAAAAAGGUAUAAGUAAUAUACCUGUUUCAAAAAUAGCAAGCUUUAUAAUAAAAGAAAUCUUUAACCAUCAUCUUCAGUUAUUUUUAUCUGGAGAUAAAACUCUCCUUUCAGACACAGUUGAUCAAACUUAUAAACAGAAAGUAGUAGAUCCUAAACAAAAAGAGUUGUCUUUCAUUGUGAAUUCAGCUGUCUUUUUGGAGGAAGUAAUUUCUGAACUUUUAUGUAAACUUAUUUAUGCAUUCUCACAUAAUGUCUUGGCUGCUGAAAACCCAGAUACAGUAAAAGACAAGAUUACUGGCAUUGUUACAACAUUAGUAAAAUCAAUUGUUCUGGAGUUCACCACUUCGGAGAUUUUAGUUUCAGAUAACUUAGAUGAUGAUAUGCGUUUUUCAGAAGGAUAUAAAGAAAUGGUUCAAAAAACAGUCAACCUAAUUUAUGAAAAAAUAUUAGAUGAAUAUAAAUCUCUGAUUCAAAUAUAUAGGGCUAUACAAAGUGACACAGCUUGUUUUGGAAGAAAAAUAUAUAAUUUGCUUUUGGAAGAAAUUUAUGAUCAUCAGGUGCAGUCAUUAGUUUCAGGAAAAUUAGUACCUUCUUCCUACUCUUCCCCUCAAGCUGAUAAAAUCAUCAGAAAUGUGCUCAAUGUCAUGAGACAUAGCCAUGCCUUGCCAUUAUGUAUUACUGUGCUGUCACAUUCUCUUUUAGAAGACAUGAUUUACAAGCUUCUAAUGCAUAUCUUCACUUCAACCGACACUGAAAGUGAACUACAAGAGGAAGAGGUUUCACCAGAUUAUGAGUUUGUGGAUGCAGCAUCAAAAUUAACUGAUGAAAUUAUCAAAGAAAUUUCUGAACAUGAGAUCCGUCUUGCUACGGCAGAGGAGAAUGCAGAGAGUAUGCAAUUAGAAGUGAUUGAGAAUUUGGUUGACUCUAUAUGUAAUAAUAUUUUGAAAAAAUCUGCAUUUCAAGUUGAAGUCCAGAAAGAUGCAGACAAAAAAGGAGGCUCAUUCCUCAGUAAAAUAGCUGGUUUCAUUAUGAAGGAAAUCAUGGAUCAUCAUCUGAGGCCAUUUUUACAUGGUGAAGAAUCAUCUUCCAAUAACUUAUCUAAUUAUGACCAUGUCUCUGUACAUACUAAACCUGGUAAAGAAAAGAGACGGCCUUCUCUAUAUUCAGCUACAUUUUUGGAAGACGUAAUUGUUGACCUUGUUCACAAGUUUUACUCUCUUCCAAGUAUUAUUGAAGAUUCUAAGAAAAAAGAAACACCAGAGCCAGACAUUGUGAGCUUGGCUAUAAAAUUUGCAAACUCUCUGAUAGGAGAAUUUAGGAAAAGUGAAAUUAAAGUUCUACCAAAUGCUGAAGAAAUUUUUUCUUUUCCACCAAUUGAUAAAGAGAUAGUUGAUAAGAUAUCCAGUUUUGUGUAUGAUCAGUUCAUAGGAAUGUAUGGAUCUAAUGAUAUUCAGAAGGAUGAUAAAAAUAACAUUGUUACAGAAAUGAUUGCUGCUUCAGCCCAGAAGGCCAUCUCUGCUUUCAAGAUUCAACCACUUUUUUCAGGAAACUGGUCUUCCACCUUCUAUUCAUUUCUAAAUCCAGAUAAUAUCACCCAAAGGGUUAAACACCUUCCACAGAAAACCUCUACACAGAUAAACAGAUGCUUAAAAGGGAACCAACUUACUUUACCAGAACAAUCAUAUAAACACACAUCUCUAACCUCUGACCAGAAAAAUGUGUGGGAUACUUUGGAAAUAGAUAGAGGUGCAAUGAGUAAAAAGAAAAGUUUCAGAACUAAGGAGACAUCAAUGAAAAAAGGUGACAUCCAAGAUCCAACAGUUACCUCUGUAACUAGAAUUAUGAAGAGCAACAUGGUUAACCUGAUAUCAGAGUCAGCUGCAGAUGUGGCAAAUAAAAAGAAAGAGAAUGAAAAUAAAAUGGGGAUUCCUGUUCAAAAAUAUAAUGUAUCAGAAGUUACUUCUCGAGCUACUAGUGUGAAAAGUAAAGAUAAACAGGAGCCAUAUUUGAAGGGAACACUUAAAAAUAAUGAAAUUGAGAAGAAAAGCAUAUCACCUUCAAAUAAGGAGGGGCAAGGUAAGGAGGUACACACACAAUUUCUAGUAGCUACUGAUGGUACAGAAUAUGAAAAGGAAAUACUUGGACCAGAUUUUGCAAUAGACAUUGAGAAGAAGAUUCACAAAACAAGAGAAAAUUCAUUAAAAAAAGAAGACAAGCCCUUUCAAUUAUCUUCUUUGACAACCAAAGCAAGAAAUACAAAGACCACAAUAGAGAAAACAGUUGCCCAAAAGCCAAACAAUGAGGAGAGGAAAGACUCUCCAGCUCAAACAGAUAUAAAGUGCUCAGAUUAUGAAUGUGUUCAAAAUGUCAUUGAAAAUAUUUAUGAUAAUAUCUUAGGAAUAUAUCAUUCUCAAGAAUCAGCAGAUUAUUCAAAACAACAAAGUCUCCCAAGUUAUAUAUCAUUGCCUCUAGUUCAAGAGGUUGACAAGGAUUUUGCACAGUCCAUUUCAACAAAGGAUUUAUACCUGUCAAUUAACAAAAAUCUCCCUGCCAAAGAGAAAAAGGAAGAAAAAGAGAAAGCAAGAGAAAUAGAAAAAGAGAGGGAGAAAGAGAAAGAGAGAAGGGAAAAAAGAGAAAAAGAGAAAAUAAAAGUUAAGGAUAUUAAAAAGGAACCUAGUAAAUCAGACAGUCCUCAGUACCCACCAAAAAGUGAACCUGGAAUUUUUCCUGCUAAAUUUUUAGAAGAUGUUAUCACCGAAAUGGUUAACAAAUUGGUCUUUUCUUCCUCACCAGAAACACAAACACAUGAUAGAUGUCAAAAUGUAAGUGAUGAUGAAAAUCAAGCUGAACUCUAUGACACAUCUAUGAGACUUAUUGAUUCACUGUUGAAGGAGUUUUCAGAUGCUCAAAUUAAGGUAUUUAGGCCAGAUAAGGAAAAUCAGUUUUUUCCACCUGUAGAUAAAGUGUCAUCAGUUCCUAAAGAACCUCCCAGGCAUAAAGAAUCAAAUAUAGAUAAAGCACCAUCCAACGUCAAGAAAAUAACUGUGGAUAAUAUGCAUAAAAUGACUGAAAAACCCUCUUCAAAUAAGAUACUUUUCCUAGAUAAAAUAUCAAUUGAUAAAACAUUGGUCAACAAAGUUGUUCACUCCUCUGUGUGCAAUAUUUUGAAGGAAUAUAAAUCUCAAGACUCCAUUUGUAAGAGUAUAAAGAGUAAUGGGGGAAAUUUAGCAAGACAACUAACCAGUGCAGUGAUAAGUGAAAUUUUUCAAUAUAAGCUAAAUUUGAUAUCGUGUGAUGAGUUUCCACCUUCAUCAUGUUUGCCUCUGGAAACUAAGAAUGUUGUUAAAAAGGUCCAAAAGGUGGCUCAAACAGCCAGCAAAGAAUGUCAAACAUCAUCGCCAUAUACCAUCAUGCUGCCUCAUGAAUUCUUAGAGAAUGUGAUUUACGCUCUUUCAUCUAAAAUUUUCUCAACAGUAUCCAACACUGAAGCAGAAACAUCUGAUGGCAACUGGUUCACAGAACUAGAUUUCCUUCAAAUGAAGUUAUUAAGUACAGUUACAACAGAGAUCUCCAAAAAUGAAGAUAUGAUUAUACAGUAUGUGGAAUCCUUGCAUGCCAAUGAUGAUGAAAUUAUUCAAUUAGUGGUUCAAUCACUCUAUAAUAAUCUCUUGUCACAGUUUGGAUCACAAGAGAUUAUACAAAAUUGUGCAGCCAGUGGAUGCAGAAUUCUUUCAGAAACCAUGGUUGACUUAAUUCUACGAGAAGUCACUGGCAAUCAGUUGCAGAACUACUUUUCUGGAGAGCUAACUCCAUAUCAGUGUUCAGAAGUUGACAAUGUUGUUGAAAAUAUUCUUAAAGAUGUUAUCCAAACUGCUGAUGUUCCCCAGCCUCAACCAUCACAUGCUCAUAUACUGCCUUAUAACAUAAUAGAAGAAAUUGCUGUAAAAUUUUUAUUGAAGCUUUUAUCUAUGUUUCUGAAAGUAUAUAAUGAAAGACCCAAAUCCCUAGAAACUGAAAUUCAAAAAAUUGUCUCAAAAAUAUUAAAUUCAAUACAAGAAUUUAUCUCCAAAAGUAAGAUUAAAGUUGUAUCACCAGCGAAGGAAUUGCCUACUGUACCUUUAGCUGACAAUGAAACCGUUGAAAAAGUAGUUAAUUCUGUUUAUACCAGUAUUUUAAAGCACUCUGGCUCACACACUUCUAUAUUUAAAGAUUUAAUGGGUAAGAGUAAUGUCCUCUCUGAUAUAAUAAGUUUUUUAUUGGUGAAAGAAAUUUCCAAUUGUAAAUUUCAACCUCAAGUAGAGGAAGAAUUAUCAAGUUCAGAAUUAGCUCUGAAAGCUGUCAAAAUUAUGGAAAAAGUGGUCAAAAUGGUUGAUGAAUUUAAGUCCCAGGAAAAGUCUUCAUCCAAAAAACAUUCUGUGUUAGAUGCCACGUUUUUAGAGGAAGCAUUGGCUUUGUUCUUGGCUAAAAUAGUAAGGUUGCCAAGUGCCUCAAGCAAACAUGCAAAAAACUUAUCAAAGCCUGAGUUAAAUAAAAUUACAUCUCAACUGACAAAAUCUGUGGCAGCUGAAAUUUCUAAGAGUAAUAUUAAUCUUGUUGCUGCUGAUUCUGAAGAACACUUUUUAAAUCCAGAAAUUAUAGAAAUGAUUUCUCAGGUUAUUGAUUCUAUUUAUAGUAAUGUACUACAACAACCUGGAACCCAUAAAGAUCUUUAUUAUGAUAUAAAAAGUACAAAUGGAGUUUUCCCUAAAGAAGUGGCCAGUUUAAUUAUUAAUGAAGUUUCAAAAUUUUCCUUAGAUACAGUUAGUACAAAGAAUUCAAAUGCUGGUCUCUUCGGAGAUCUAGACAUUAACAGAAUUGUUCAAAAGGCACAAGAGCAUGCUAAAGUGAUCCCUGACUUAGAUAAAGAAGAGUCAAAUAAAGAUUCAACUGUAGAGGACUCUACAAUUAAAAUAGUUCCACAUGUUGGGAGUAAACCACUCAAAAUAGAUCCAAACAUUAUCUCAGAACAUUUAGCAGUAAUUUCUAUAAAAACUAAACCUCUUGAGAAACUUAAGGUGGAAUGUUUAAAAAACACUGGACAUAGCAUAGCAGAACUGAGAAGAGCAUCAAUAAGUAGAAGUUAUUCCUCAGACACAUCUACUGUAGGACAGUUAAAGAGAGAAAGACGUACCUCAUUGAAUAAGACGGGACGACUCGAUGUAAAACCCUUUGAGGUUGUUUGCAGAAAUUCAUUUCAGAAUAUAAGAAAGCCUGAUAUCACCAAGGUGGAGCUUUUAAAAGAUGUUCAGAACAAAAAAGAACUUAUACUUCGGUUAGUAGCUCAUGAUAUUGAUCAAGAAGUUUCAGAAAGUACCAUAGAAGAGGAACUAAUGUCUGAUGAAGAUGAAGUUGUUUUAAGAGAGAUUGUACAAGAAGAACACUUAGGAGAAAUAGUUGAAGAUCAAGUGAAAGAAGCCACAAAGCCAGUAGAAACCAAAGUUGUUUCUCCCAAGCCAACACGAAGCACAAGUAGCCUGAAAAAGAAUUUUUCACUAAGCAAAUGCUGUCAGCCCACAUCCAAUGCAAAUGCUGAAAAUACUGAAGCAACCUCAAAUCAUGUAAUAGAACCGAAGGAGGGACAAGUUAAAAGAACUGUUGCUAAACUUGACAUGGCCACCUGCUCAAGAACCUUGACUGAAGCAGAUUCUAUUUGUGAGGAAAAGCCACAGAGGAAGAAAGAAGAAAGAAACCUUAUUACUGAGCCGACACAUUACUUCAUACACAGAAUUAUGAGUUCAUCUUCAUACAACCAAGAAGAUCUGAUUUCAUCUGCUGGUGAGACUGAAGAUUGUAUGGCAGAUAAAAGUACUAAAAUUAUGGCAGCAAGUUCUCGGGAACAAAGGCCAGAAAAUUCAAACAAUGUUAAGUUUAUCACCAUAUUUGAAGGAAACAAGAAUAUUCUUGGUAGUGUGAAUUCCUCAAAAGAAGUCAUUUCAGAAACUCCCGAGCCUAGUAUUCCUAAACAAGGAUCUAAAAUGCUGGCAAAGUUAUCUUCAGCUCUGUCAAAGGUGUUUUCUCGAACUAACACCAAUAUUUCCAAAUCUUCCUCACCACCUCACCGGGACAAGCACUGA